UUCCCAGGCACACAUGUGAAACAUACCAGCACUAGAUCUCAUUGAGAGGACACGAGACGCUUACACAUUGCUGCAAAUGUGGCUGGAGACCGUAAAAGAAGUAUAGAUGAUAGGACUGUUUCUAAACCACUUGACUGCUAUACAAUUCUUUCAUGGAAAUACAGCACAUGCCAAUUCAAAGAACCAUCUGACAAGUGCAGAACCAGUUUCUCAGGUUCAGAGCUGCGGUGCAACAGCGUCUCGGGCUCCAACCAUGAGAACAGGACAGGCAGAACCCAAUUUCUAAGGAAACGUUUAGGUUGAAAAUGCUGAAAGACAGUCGUCAGUCAGUUUAGCUGCAGUACAGCUGGAAAGAGUAAGAAGCCUGUCCCUGCUGAGAAAUCUGGAGAGACCAUGGGCAACAACGACGAUGAGAAGAACAGCCAAGCCUGUCAGCUGUUUGAGAACUUUGUCCAGGCCUCAACAUGCAAGGGCACCCUCCAGGCCUUCAACAUCCUCUGUCGCCAGCUUGAACUGGACCCCCAGGAUUAUAAAAGCUUCUACACCGCGCUCAAGUCCAAGGUGACCUUUUGGAAAGCCAAAGCGCUGUGGAGUAAACUUGACAAGCGGGCAGGUCAUAAAGAAUACCAAAAAGGGAAAGCCUGCCCGGGUACAAGGUGUCUGAUUAUUGGAGGCGGGCCAUGUGGGCUGCGCACUGCCAUAGAACUCGCUCUCCUUGGCGCCAAGGUGGUGGUGAUAGAGAAGAGGGAUACCUUCUCCAGGAACAACGUGCUGCACCUGUGGCCUUACACCAUUCAUGAUCUACGAGGACUUGGAGCCAAGAAGUUCUAUGGAAAGUUCUGUGCCGGGGCAAUAGACCAUAUCAGUAUUCAACAGCUGCAGCUGAUGCUGGUAAAAGUAGCUCUUAUUGUCGGGGUAGAAUUUCACGUCAACGUGGAGUUCGUGAAGCUUCUCGAACCGCCUGAAGAUCAAGAGAAUCAAGGAACUGGCUGGAGAGCUGAAAUACGGCCCAUGGAUCACCCUGUUUCAGAUUUCGAGUUUGAUGUGGUUGUGGGGGCAGAUGGACGGAGAAACACACUGGAAGGUUUCAGAAGAAAAGAGUUCCGUGGAAAGUUGGCCAUAGCGAUCACUGCCAACUUUAUUAAUAGAAACACAACAGCCGAAGCCAAGGUAGAAGAAAUUAGUGGUGUUGCUUUCAUCUUCAACCAGAAAUUCUUUUUGGAUCUCAAAGAAGAAACAGGAAUUGAUCUGGAGAACAUUGUAUAUUAUAGAGAUAACACGCAUUACUUUGUAAUGACAGCAAAGAAACAAAGCCUGCUGGACAAAGGGGUCAUUAUUCAUGACUACAUUGACACCGAAAUGCUGCUCAGUAGCGAGAACAUGAAUCAGGAAGCCCUGCUUUCAUAUGCACGGGAAGCAGCUGACUUUGGUACCAACUAUCAACUUCCGUCUCUGGACUUCGCAAUAAAUCACUACGGCCAGCCUGACGUGGCCAUGUUUGAUUUCACCAGCAUGCACGCCUCUGAGAACGCAGCACUGAUCAGAGAGAGGCAUGGGCAUCAGCUGCUUGUAGCUCUGGUUGGAGACAGUUUACUGGAGCCUUUCUGGCCAAUGGGGACUGGUUGUGCUCGAGGUUUCCUGGCUGCCUUUGACACGGUGUGGAUGGUGAGGAGCUGGAUUCAGGGUAGAGCCCCGCUGGAGAUCCUGGCAGAGAGAGAGAGUAUUUACCGACUGCUGCCUCAGACAACCCCUGAAAACAUCACAAAGAACUUUGACCAGUACACAAUCGAUCCAGUGACACGAUAUCCAAACCUCAACUGCAACUGCGUGCGACCUCUCCAGGUACGCCACUUGUACAUUACUGGUGAAUUGCAACUGUGUCCCCUUGAAAGAGUAUCUUCAGUCAGACGAUCUGUUAAUCUUUCACGACGUGAAUCUGAAAUUCGACCCAACAGGCUUUUGACCUGGUGUCAGAAGCAGACGGAGAGCUACAAGAAUGUUCAUGUAUCCGACCUCACCACCUCAUGGAGGAGUGGCCUGGCACUGUGUGCUCUUAUACACCACUUUCGACCUGACCUUCUUGACUUUGAUUGUCUCAAUGAAGAAGAUGUGGCCAAAAACAACCAGUUGGCGUUCGACAUGGUAGAGCGGGAGUUUGGUAUUCCUCCAGUCACUACUGGAAAAGAGAUGGUAGCUGACAGCGAGCCUGACAAGCUAAGCAUGGUCAUGUACCUCUCCAAGUUCUAUGAGCUCUUCCGAGGGACAUCACUACCUGCAGCUGCAAACUUAAGGAGAGAAAUUGGCGAUAGUAAUGAAGUAUCUUCAGCGAAGUCAGCAAACCCUCUUUAUAACUUCCUUAACUUAACUCUGCCAAGAAAACGAACACCAAAGGAUGAUAAAAAAGUGGAAGAAAACGACACUACAAGCAAAAGAAGGAGAAAGGGAUUCAAUCAUUUGGAGGAGGCUUCUAACUUCUCCAGUCAAAGUUCUGGGAGUGAAGGGGGAGAGGCAAAGGAUGGUGGGAAUCAAAACAAAGUCAAAUCAAUGGCUUCUCAGCUGCUGGCCAAGUUUGAAGAAAAUGCGCCCAGCUCAUCCCUACGGAGAAAGACUGAAUCUGGUUCAAAUGAUACAAAACCACCAAGGCCUCCUUCUCUUAAUAUGUCAGAGAGUCCCCAAUUCGCCAAACCUAAGGACCAAAACCCCAUCCCUUCUAUUCCACCGAAAAGGCAGUUUCAGUCUCCAGCCAAUGCUCAACAUGUGGUAAACAGAACAAGUCAGCCAUUGCACUGCGCUGAGUACAUUCCCAGGAAACCUAAACAAGCUGAUAAAACAGACACGCAGGCAGAGAGCACAGGCCUCUCGGCUUCUCGUCGCUCCACUGUCUUAGCAGUGUCAGGAAUGCUACAACGCCUUCAGCGGCUUGAGGAUCAGAUCAAUCAGAGGAGAUCUCAGUCUCUGUCAGCUAGGGAGUUUCACAAAAAGAACAUAAAGGAGAAGGCAACCCAUCUUUGUUCAUUAUUUGGGUACAUGGCUUUCCAGCCUCAGACUGCCCAGCCUGCCCCCAGCUCCCUCCACCCUGGAGCCAAAGCUGUCUCCACCUGCCCUUCCCUUGACUCCUCUGCUGCUGCCAGUCUUAAAUCUCAUGUAAAACCUCCAUCUCCUAAACUUGCUCCACAGGAUCUAGAUAAGCUGUCCUAUAGAAAGGAAAAGCCACUUGAACAAUUGAAAAAUGGAAAUUUGUGCGUUACAAACAGUACUUCUCAUGUAAUCUUUCACAACCACCAUUUUGAAAACAAAGAAACGAAACACACUGAACCCAUACAUACGUCAUCAGGCCAGAUGACUGUGGGGAAGGUUUCCUCUGUCAUAGGAUCUGUGGCUGAGGUACUAGUCACUCUCUAUGAGAAUGACCACAGACCCAAACCACGUUCUACUUCCCCUGUGCUGGGCUAUCUGCGUAAAGAGUUCCCCCAGACACUGGGUGGCAAUGACAGCUGUCACUUCUGUACGAAGCGUGUGUAUGUGAUGGAGCGGCUGAGCGCGGAAGGCAGGUUCUUCCACAGGGAGUGCUUCAGGUGUGACUCUUGCAACACCAUUCUGCGCAUGGGCAUCUACGCCUUUGACACAGAGGAAGGUAAAUUUUACUGCAAGACACAUUUUGCUCAACGCAAAACCAACAACAAGCACAGAAAACGGAGAACUGAGUUACAAAAGGAGGACACAGGGCUGUCAAAGCAGGAGGAGGCUUGGUCUUCCCCAGACUCAGCAAAUGCCUACUCUGCUGCCAGCACCUUGGAGGACAGCCCCGCAGGUACCAUGGAUUCCUUCCUUAGGAAAACCAUAAGCUGGCCGAUGCGUGUGAUGCGGGAUCUGUUUGAUAUCCCCAGGCGCCUGUCUUGCUGGAUGCAUGGUGUGGUGCACGCCACCGGCCUCCAUUUAAGGGACAAUGCUGACGACUAUGCCUAUUUGUAUGAGCUCUUGAGUCUCGGUGUGCCAUUGCUGUGCAUGCUUCAAGAGGUCCUUGUGCACAUGUACCAAGAAGCAGCUCCCCCCACACUUGAAUACAUGCUUGAAUGGGCGGAGAACUACUUGGGAGUGAAACUUAUUUGAAGAUAUGGUCCCCCGGGUACCUGAUGUGCAUUUCAGAUUAGCGGUUACCGAACGAGAAAGUAUGUACUUGGCUAAGGCAAAGAAAGAUUGCCUGACCUAUUUUAUUCAGGCUUUGAACAGGUUACUACUUGGUAUUAAAAUCUCAUUAAUACUGUGCAAGUAAGUAAGGUAGAUAUACUGAAAGCACUUUAACCUGGACUCUCAAGCCCUGUAACUUCACCUGGGCUGUAGAAGAGUCGAAGGUUGAUUUCAUAUGAAUAGUGAUCUGAUUCAGUCAGAGGGUUUACUGAAAUGUGCAGAACCUGUUACUAUAUACGUGCAGCAGCUAUGCAUUUUGCAAAGUGCAAUGGAAUUGCCAAAAACAAUUUUUACAAGCCAUUUUUUAAGUAUUGUUUUUAACUUUUUAAGAAAGAAGUUUACAUUUUUAUACUGGUCAUUUUGUUGCCAAGAAAUAUGAAACUAAAUUUAAAAGUCACGGUUGGCUGAAACGUAUGUUUUGUAUGACAGUGUGUUUGUGUUUUUUUAACUGUAUGCACAGUGCUUUGCUUUUGAAUAUACGCGUUUGAAUUUAUUAAAUGUGUUUUAUUUACUAUUGUAACAAUUCACAGCCAACAACAAGUUUACACAUUUUACUAUUAAAACUCUAACCUUUGUCAACACCAGCUUCUAUAUAAAAAGCAUCUUCAGAUUCAAUGUGCAACCACAUGUCACUGGGAGGAGACACACGGUACUUGAGCUGUAUGCCAUGCAUAAAAUUGUGUGUUUAUGGGUGUGAAAUAAUGCUAAACAUUAUGGGUUUCCACAAAUCCAUGCAAAUCCAUUUCCAUUGCCAUUUUACUUAGAUCAACCCCCCUGUGCUUAUUAAAUACUAACCAAAAGAAAUCAGGGUUUAAUACAGGAUAUCAUUUCAUUAUCCGGUAUAAAAUUAAAUACUUUCAUAUACAUGCAAUAUAAAGUAGCAACAAUAAAUAUAUUAAGUUGAUGUUGCCAAAGGUUUAUGCUUUAGAUCUAAACCAGAAUUUGUACACUGGAAGUUAUUACAUUUGAAUACAUUCAUUAAUUUUAAGAUAGAUGUUCAGUUCAGGGAUCAUGUACUAUGUCCUAUGACACUUUAUUACCAGUUCAGUUUUACGAAGUCUGUUGAUGUUUGAUACCUACAGUACAGUUGAUGCUUUGAGGAGAUAAUUGAGAUUUACAGCAUCAUCUAAACGUGAUUGUGGUAGGAAACUGUGCUCCAACAAUGAACCAUUCUCAUUGAACAAUCUAAACAUUGUUCACAAAGCACAGGGACUAAAAUAACAAUCAUGAUCAAACAAGUAGCCUAUGAGCUCUGAAUUUCCUGCUAAUGCUCCUUAGAUAAAGAUUUCUAAUUGACUUAUAGUACCAUUACAUUGGCUUCUUGCUUGAGUGCAAAUGAGAAGGUUCGUUAUUUGUUCUAUUCUAAAACAAGAAAAGAUUUUUUUUUUUUUAUAAGUUGGUCUGUUUUUUUUUGUUAUUUUUUUAAUGGCAAACCUCCUCAGAUUUUUCCUUCUGUUUCUUUGCUUUAACAAAACUAAAAACUCUUUUUUCUUAUUUUCUUUCCCCAAUCUCUCUCUCUUCCUUCAAUUUGCUUGUAGUCCGUUUGAACUUUCCAAUGAUGCAUCCAGUUGUAAGCUGAAGCAUUGCAGCUGGAAGGUGAAUGGCCUAUGUUGUGUUUUGUGGCUUGUUAUAACACAUUAACCUUGUUGAAAAAAACGGCAUGGGUCUUGCAUAUUGAAGCAUGUCAACAUUGUUGGCAGAAACCAUUCUAACCUAGCAAUGCACUGACUGUGAGAGAGCUUAAAUCAAGUAGUUGUUUCUUACCCCUUAAACUUUAAUAUUCCAAAACAGAUAUCUGAUCAAACACUGUAACUUGGUAUUAUUGACACGCAGUUCAAAAAGAUAGCAAGGGACUUGAAACUGCUACAUAAGAAUCCCUUCAAUGCUUUACUAUGGUAUGUUUGAUGGGGUUUAUUUUACUAACAGAAGUGCUGUAGCAUUUUUUUUUUUUUAUAAACAUUUUUUUGGCUUAAAAAACAUAAAAAUUGCACGUUUUAUUUAGGCUGCGCCUUGUUUAAAUAGCCAGCUCUUUCUGUCUCUCUGUAUAUUCUAUAUAUAUAUAUAUAUUCCUAUUUUAUCUUCUGUUGCAGCACCCGCUUACCUUUCAGAAAGCCAACCAAGAAAUGUGUCUUGUUCUUCCUAAAUAUUUGGGUUGUUGUUGUUCAUUCAGAUGGUCUUCAUUUUGCAAUUAAAGAAUUACAUUAAAAUGUGUAUCUAUAAAAUCACCUGCAGUCCUGUAUUUUGCACACAGUGAAAACAUGUUUAGCUUUAUUUAUAAUAUUUAACGCUGUAAGAAAAAUAAAUAAAUGGAUUGAAUGCUUUAUACA